AAUAUUCGAGUAUAGGUGGCCCAAACGCAGUCCCAAAAGGUCUGCUUAGGUCACACUGGCUAGGAGGGAAAUCCCUUACCAAUAUUUUUCUGUUCCGUCGUUCUCCGCUCUCUCCAUCAUCGACGCCGGUGCUGAUUCUUUCCCGUCAAAUUCUUCAAGGUGUGAGUGUGUAACAUUGUUUUGUACUCACAUUCAGUUCAAAUGACUAAGAGACCUAAGAAAUCAGAUUCAAAUAGAAGAGGAAAACGAAGAAAACCAUCCGGUGUUUUUUCACCAUUGGAUGUAUCUGCUAGUGUUGUGUUCCGUUUACUAUGUCCGGCUACUAGAAUUGGCGGUGUAAUUGGUAAAGGUGGUUCAAUUAUAUCGCAAAUUCGUCAUGAAACCGGUGUGAAAGUUAAGAUUGAAGAGCCUGUCCCUGGGUGCGAAGAAAGGGUUAUAACCUUUUUAAGUUCUGAUAAAGAGAGUGAAGACGGUAGUGGUGAGCUAGGAAAGGAGGUUAAUAAUAAUGAUGAGGGUGAAGGGAAGGAUGAUGAGGGGAAAGGUAACGGGGAUGAUAAUGAAGAUAAAGAUUCUGUUUCGGUUGAAGAUUCACAGAGCGAGAAGGGGUAUUCGACUGCGACUAUUCUGAGGGCUGUAACACUAGUUUUUGACAGGAUGGUUGAAGGAAUAUUAGAUAUAGGUGAAGCCGGUGAUGAAAGUGUUAAAGGUUCUUACUUUGCUUUAAGGCUACUCAUCCUUUCUAAUCAAGUUGGAUGCAUUAUGGGAAAGGGUGGUAGUGUGAUAAAGAGAAUGUCAGCUGAAAGUGGGGCACAGAUUCGGAUACUUGCUAAAGAAGAAAUUCCCUCGUGUGCGUCGGAUUCUGAUGAGUUAGUUCAGGUCACAGGAGGAGUAGAAGUUGUCAGGAAAGCUCUUCAAUUUAUUUUUCAGCAGCUUUUGGAAAAUACACCCCGUGAUCAUGAAUCUCUGUCUAGCAAUCUUACCGGGCCGUCAUCUCAUUCAUAUGGUCAAUUCCCACCAACUAAACGCACUUUUGCUGGUCAAGGAGCAUCUUUUGCUACUGGGGCUAAUGAAAUUCCUGUUUACCACUCUGCUCCUAUGAUUCCCAAAUUUCAUGAAGGUGCCAUCCAUGGUCGCAUGAGGCCUUCACCUUCACCGGAAAUACUCACUUUCCGUUUAUUGUGUCCUUCCGAAAAUGUAGGAAAUUUAAUUGGCAAAGGUGGAUCAACUAUAAUGACUAUGCAACAAGAGACAGCUAGUGAAAUCAAGGUUAUAGAACCCAUUCCAGGUUCAGAGGACUGUAUUAUUGUCAUAUCUGGUCCAGCGCACCCAGAUGAUAGAAUAUCUCCCGUGCAAGAGGCUUUGUUUCGUGUACAAAAUAGAAUAUCCAGGGCUAUACCUGAUGCCAAAGAGCACGGUAUGUUAGCAAGGGUUAUCGUUUCUUCCAAUAAUGUAGGUUGUCUCCUUGGGAAGGGUGGUUGCAUCAUAGCUGAAAUGAGGCAUUUAUCAGGUGCCCAUAUUCGUAUGUUGGGAAAGGAUAAGGGUCCAAAGUGUGUUUCAGAAGAAGAUGAAGUAAUUCAGGUAAGUGGAGAAAUUGAGGCAGUGCAUGAUGCUCUUUUGCAAAUAACCGCAAGAUUAAAAUAUCAUUUCUAUCGCGAUGUAUUUCCUUCUGGCAAUUUUCCUUCAAAUUCUGCAUUUCUGGAUCAACAUUCUCCAUUCCCACCUCAUUUGGGAAGACGGGGACUUUCACCUCCCGGAAUGUAUUCUGACCGAGGUCCACAUGUUGGUUUUCCCCUUGAUGAUCACCCUCCUUUUAUGAAUAAUAUAUAUAGACCAGGCAUUCCUCCUCACAUAUCUGAAAGGAAGCCUUGGGGUCCUAAGGGGAUACUUGAAGGUGGCGGACACAUGGGCUUGCCAGAAUUUACUGGUGGUCCCCGAAGAAUUUCUGGAUUUGCAGGAGGAAGCCAACCAAUUAUCACAAAUACCACUGUUGAAGUUGUUGUUCCUCGCGCUUUGGUGCCUGUAAUAUACGGGGAAGAUGGUGAAUGCCUGAAACAAAUACUCCAGAUCUCUGAUGCAAAUGUUAUUAUUACCGAUCCCAAACCUGGAGCUGUGGAAACUAAAAUCAUAAUAUCUGGAACCCCGGAGCAAACUAAUGCUGCACAGAGUCUUAUUCAGGCAUUUGUCAUGAGUGAGAGGGAGUUUUGUUGAUCUAUCCAAUUGGGUAAUACACUGACUUGUUUUUUUUAAGUCUGGCAGAUGUAAAUGAACUCAGUUUUUGGCUUAGUAUUAUUUCUUCAUGUUAUAAUCUUUAGAAGGAAUGUGGUAUAAAUUGUAAAAUAUCCUGUAAAAUGAUGACUAUGCAUCGGCUUUCUUUUAUGUGCAUUUAGUUUGACCUUUUUGAACAAAGUCACAUCCUAUUUUUGUCAGAUUUUCAAUAUAGGCAUAUGUCCACUCCCCUAAUAA